AGCAGUAUAAAUGAAUCUGAAAUAAAUAACUGUUGCAUGAAACUUGUGCGUGCUUAGUUCAUAGAAAACACUCACAGCAUGCUAAGUGAUGUAGACAAUAAUAGCACAUUGAUCUACAUCAUUGAUCUACAUCAUUUCCGUCAGUGUCGUUUGUUUCUAUUUCUUUUUUGGUUGAUCUUUUUUUUUAUCAAGCAUUUACAUUCGCUAGCAUCAGUUGGUUAGGACACAACCUUACCAGCAAGACUCAGCAUGGAGCAGCCUAAUACCACUGUGAUCACUUUUAACUUGUCUUCUUCGGGACUUCUUCCUUAUCCCCACUGGAACUAUAAAACUGUCAUCCCUGUGGUGGUGCUGUCCUUGUGCUGUAUUUUGGGAGUUCCCGGAAACAUUGGUGUGAUUCUUCUCAAGCCUAACUGGCAUCAUCUUUCCAGCCUGAGCCAGAUUUUAAUGCUGAAUCUAGCCAUCUCUGAUAUGCUCUGCCUGCUGACCCUUCCACUAUGGAUUUACAGUCUACUUUAUGGCUGGAUCUUCGGCCUGGUGGCCUGUAAGCUUCUAGCCUACCUUGUGUACUGUGGCAUUUGGGGCAGCCAGCUAACUAUGACUGCAUUAAGCAUCCAACGCUACCUAACAGUGGUCCGACAAAGAAGAUUCUCUCAGAUGCAAAAGAGAGUGCCGCUAGUUCUGCUCUGGAUGGCUGCUGCCAUCCUGUCCACCCCUGUUCUGGUGGUUCGACAUCUGUCAACAGAUCAGCACUGGAUAGUUUGUGGAUCUCAAUAUUUUUCAGAGGCCCAGCGUGUGAUUGUGUUAUUGGCUGAGACUUUGUUUGAUUUUUUUUCUUUUUGUCUCAUAGCAUUGUUAUACAUUCGCCUCCUCAGAAAGGUAAACCACGCAGCCUUUUUCAAAAAUCCACAGACAACUCGACUGGUAACCAGUAUCAUCAUAAGUUUUCUUGUCCUCUGGACUCCAUUUCAUAUUAUAAAUGUCCUGGGUGUGGCUGCUACGUGUUUGAAAAAUAAGAGUCUUUUUACAUUUUGCAUAGACACAUGGGUCAUUGUCAAGGCUCUUACAUUUGUAAGCAGCUGCCUGAAUCCUUUUCUGUAUGCCUUUACUUCCAAAAAUAUGUUUACAGUUUGCCAACAAAAGAAGCAGCUACAAAUGCUGGAGCUUCAGAACACCCAAACACCAGACAUAAAUACAGAUAAAAAAAAGAAAGGCUUAAGUACAGCUUUUAAACAUCAUGACAUUUCGGCCUUGUUUAAAGGACAUUUUCUGCUGAAAACUGAACAGUUUUGUUGCAUGUCUACUAUUCAUUUACAUGACAACAGCAUGUUUUUCCUGACGCCCAGGUGAAAACCCACAGAAGAACAAGAUAUCAAUGUCAAACAUCUAACUAUGUUUAUACAAUAUCUUCUUUGUGUAAACAUGGCCUUUGAAACAUAAUUUUUGGUUCAAGGUAAUAAAGUUGCUGUAUCUUUUUUGAAUGUCAUCCAGUGAUCAGAACUAGUUUCUAUCUCUUAAGCACCAAACAAAAAGAUGUAAAUCUGACAGUGGCUGUCAGCUUUUCUAGGUUUAAUAACUGAUAUUUCAUGGUUUAACUGUAGCUUUUAGUAUUUUCACGUUUUUAAAUGUUUUUACUGUUGUUUUGUAGAACUUUGAGCUACUUAUAUAAAUCUAGUGUAUUAUUUUUAUUAUUAUUAGAUUUUUAUUAUUAUUACCUCCAAAUCCAUGGUUUCAAACUUCAUCUUUCCUUUAUGGCCACUCUGCUCUCUGGUACUUUCCAUGUGCUCCUUAUUUAGAAUCUUCCAAGAACAGGUCCCGAAUGUACAUGUUUUGAAUAUGCAGUCAUAGACUAUAAAUUAGAAUAUGCAUUACAAUGAGAUUGCCUGUCUAGCUAAUGUCUCAUGAUUGUUAUGAACUUUGCUUUAUAAAGUGUUAGGACUAUGUGGAGUUUACUGGUCAUGUUAUGCUCAUGAACUUUGUGUAGGGUAGAUGUCUGUUACGGUUGUCUGCUGGGCUGCAACUGUAACAGAAUAACAAGACGUCUGUUCUCAAAACAACCUGACUUACCAGAAGGGCUUUGUAAUUAUUUGGAAAUAUUUUGGUUUCCUUUCCUUGGUAUUAAAGCUUCUUACUGACUGUGCCAGUCAGAACAAACCCUCUGCCAUUCUGGUUGGAAUGUUUUUAUUCUCAUCUUGCAAGAUAUAUCAAACUUGACUGAUUGCAAAACAGUGCUUGGAUAAUUUCCUUUUUUUUUCACAACAUCAGAUUAAAGUACCUUUUGAAAAUAACAACCUUUAAGCAGGUA